AUGGAUCCUUUCAGCUUCUUCAUUCUCAUCUCAGUCCAAGACCCAAGUCCAGGCGAAAGUCGCAUGGCCUUCCAUUUUAUGUGUUAUUUGCAGUUGAGACUUGUGGCUGAGAGCUUAACCCAGCGGACAGAACUUAGUUUCCAUUUUACACGGAAACCAGAGAGUUCCAUCCAUGAGCCAAGAUUCGACGAUGUCAUGCGAGCGUACGACUUGGAGGUCACCAAUAUCAUGUACACCGAAUUCGAGGAAAUGCUUACACUUUAUGUGUUUGCGGCUGGAUAUGAUUGGACUGCGCACAAGCAAGAGACUCUGAAGAUAUGCGAGUAA